AUGCCGGUACCUCCACACUCGACGGCCGUCAACACCUUUACGGUAUACGGCUCUAUUUGCGACUAUUGGACCACCCCGGACCAAGAAUGGAUAUUAUACUAUAGACUUCACGUCUACUGCGACUAUGUCGGCCAAGGGACAAAGAUCGCUGCCAGCGUCACCGUGAACAAUCAUGUCUUCUCUACCGAGCAGAUAGGUAUCAAGGACGUGAACAAGAUUUACACGAGCCCGCCGUUCAAGUCGAACAAGACGGCUGACCAACUCAACUUUCAAACACACAAAAGCAUAUCGGGUGGGCCAGACAUGGGUACCUGUCAAUGCCAACUGACUAAAACUGCGACGAGGUCUGCAUUCGGUACACCGAUAAAUGAUUGGGUCAACAAGAUGACCUGUACCAAGAUAAGUCCGUACCUCAGAGUACGUUCAGUUAUGGUUCGCGAAGGAGGUCAUCCUACAUACUCGGGGUAUAUCACAACACCUGCAACGGUCCAGACCAAAAAAACAUUGGAUUGGAAUGACCCGCCGGUGGCCUAUCCUGAUUGGUCAUUUUAA